AUGGCUGACGGUGAGGUCGGUGACAAUGUGGCGUUUGGCUUUUGCGUGAGCCUCACUGUCAAUGACAUCGUUGCCGACUCAUUAAUUGUCAUCGUACCUGUGUUGUACCUAUUUUCACAAGGUCGUUUGGUACACUCACUUUCUGUCCGAAAGUGUCCUCGAAAUCUUCCUUCGAUUGAAUGUUUCCCAUUGCAAACGCUCUCGCCUCCUUUUGAAGACGAUGCCUAUCGAAGUAUCUGCAACUUCUACCGGGAAAACUACUCGCGGAAACGUAUUGUCCCGUCGCUUCCCAAAUUUAAUUGUACGACCACCGACGACGUGGUCUGUUUUAUGCGCUGUGAGGGUUCCGACAGGAUUGUCGCCGCCGUGAGGCUCACCCACGAUUCAACGCAUCCCGAGUAUGUCUUCAUACGAUCUUUGUGCAUCGAGGUAAGCUUACGGAGACAAGGUCUCGGUUCGCAGCUGCUGCAGCGAGCGAUGGACAACUUCGGGGCAUGGUCCUACUACUGUCUCGCAGAUCCCCUGUUGACAUCAUUUUACGUAGCAGCAGGCUUUACAAAGGCUGACUCCUCGAACGACGUACCUACAUCCAUCAGUCAGCGCUACGAAUCUAUCGCUCGUCGGGUCCAGCGCAAGAAUCGAGAGCUGCAUUUUUUUGUUCGAAGACCACAACCGCCUCCUUGUGCCGUUAUUCUACUGCAACAUGUCAACGAAAAUAAUCGAGCCACCGCUACGGGCUGGCUCGUUGAUGACGAAGCCUAUCAAAAAGCGACUGGUACAAAUCUGACCACUUUACAAUCCCAACUUACCGUGGCGCGCUGGACAUGGUCUGGGCGUGCCGACAACGAACACAUACAAAAGAUGCUGUCCGAUCUACCAUCAACACCGAUCUUGUUGUGGGCUAAGAAAGCUGACAAGUCGUAUAGAAUGGUAGCAAGUGGUGAACAUUUUACACCAAUCUAUAUUAUACUGGAUGGCACCUGGCAGGAAGCCCAGUCCAUGUUUCGGAAAAUCCCGUCGCUUUGGCAAUUGCCACGUUUGUCGCUUUCCUCCAGCACGCGGUCCUCCUACGUGUUGCGACACGACUAUACGGGAUGGAAACAACGGUUUAGCAGUCAAGGUGGAGAGGAUCUACUCUGUACUGCCGAAGUGAUUGCGGCACUUUUAGAUGAGAGCCUAAACCGAGAAAGUGGGAACCUAAUUCGGAAUCGUUUGCGUUAUUUUCAAGACAACUUCCCCCAAGUAAGUGCUCGUUCUUUCGACGCUGAUGCUGACAGCGGCACCGAAGUUUAA